AUGGAGAAACUGAAAGUAUCUGUUAAGCAUGAUUCUGAUGGCAGCAGUGAUCAGGCAGAUUCAUUUCCAAUAUUCCAAUUGCGCGAGAGUGAAAAUGUUGGACAGCAGAGGAUCGGAAGAGAGGAUGAUGAUACAAAAGCUGUGAGAUUGGAUGGGGGUUCGGCAAUUGCCUCCACUAAUUCUGCAAGCAACAAGUGGAUGGCAUUUGCUAGUAAACCUGGUUUUGCAACUGAUGGCAACUCAGCAAUAAAGGAUAACAGUAAAACUAAAGACAAUUACUUGAGGAAUCAUCUAAAAGAGAAGUCCUCGUCUGAUCAACAAAUUUUAACUGAAGCAACCAUAGCUGAGAGAACUGCUGAAUGGGGUCUUGUGGUGAACUCUGGGAACUUCAAAGUAAUGGGAGGAGAAAAUACUGGCGCCUCUUUCGAUGGUGACAGAAUUAGAAACUUGUCAGAUAGAUUUGGUGAAUCAGCACGGACUUCUGGUGAGUCAAAUUUUGGAUCUGAGUCAUCAUCAGGGGUGUUCCCAAGGGUUUCACAAGAGUUGAAGGAAGCACUGGGGACGCUGCAACAGACAUUUGUUGUCUCAGAUGCAACCAAACCAGACUGCCCAAUCAUGUAUGCCAGCAGUGGCUUUUUCACUAUGACUGGCUACUCUUCAAAGGAGAUUAUUGGAAGGAAUUGUCGAUUUCUUCAGGGGCCUGAGACAGACAAGAAUGAAGUGGAGAAAAUUCGGGAUGCAAUUAAAAAUGGGAGAAGUUAUUGUGGCAGACUAUUAAACUACAAGAAAGAUGGAACUCCAUUCUGGAAUCUUCUCACUGUCACCCCCAUCAAAGAUGACCAUGGCAAUACUAUCAAAUUCAUCGGGACACCUGUGGGAGGAGGUGUGCUAAAGAUGUGA